AUGGGUGAGAGACCGGUGGCUACAGCUAAAGCGCAUGUUAUGCUCUAUGAUACUAAAUCGGGAAGUUGGAAUUACAGUGGGAAUUCACAAAGCCUUGCAAAAGUGCAGCUCUAUUUCAAUUCUCAAACAAAUGCAUAUCGUGUUGUUGGAUGGAGUCUCCAAGACCGAGAGGUUGUCAUCAACUGCUCGAUACCUCGUGGUUUGAAUUACCACAAAGCUCGUCCUAAUUUUCAUCAAUGGCGAGAUGCUAAACAGCACGUAUAUGGACUUAGUUUCGCCUCCUUAGAUGAAGCCGAAGCUUUUGCAGCUGCAGUUGAUGCUGCGCUCGAGCAGUUGGCAGUUCUCAAACGUCAGCAAUCUAGUCAAUCGCAACCCCAACCUGAACCACAAAUUAAAUCUCAGCAGCAACAGCCUCAGCAUUAUCAGCACCCAACUGGGAAUGAAACUGUUACCUCCAAUCACAUCAUCCAGCAACAAGUUUCACAGCCACAACAGCAGCUUCAGAUGCAGUAUAUGGAACAGGUUCCUCAGUUUGAAAAGCUCGUUUGUGCAGAAUCGGAUCGUGUUAAAAGAGAAGAAAACGAGGUUCCGGGUUACGCAGGGGUUCCGAUUCAAACAAAACCUGCUCUCGGGAAUAAUACCAUUAGUAGAGGGGAGUACGCUAUGCCCAGCACGCUUCAGAACCAGCCACCACCACCACAGCAGCAGCAGCAGUUAGUCCCACCCUCGUCGCAGUCGGAUUAUAAUGGAAGUUUGGGUGGUUAUCGUGUCCCCUCUCAGAUUAGUGAAUCCGGAAGAUCAGUCAAUGGAUCCAUGGGAAAUGGAAGUGUUGAUGGACGUUAUCAAUCUUCCUCGGAUGACAGUGUGAAGGGAUUAAUUGGUCGAAUGCCUACUGCUCCAUCUCUGGCUGCGAGCAACUGCUCCACUCCAUCAACUUCCGGUAUCGCAUCUUCUCCUACCAAAGGUUCCUUGCAGUAUGCCCCGUCAACACCUCCCCCACCUCCGACAAUUUCCGCUGCUCCUCCAGCUCCCCCGCCGCCUCCUUCCGGACCACCGCCACCCCCACCAGCCUUUGCUUCCUCUGCCCCACCACCUCCUCCGCCACCUCCACCACCUCCCCCUCCCUCUGGUUCUGGCGCCACUGCUGUAAACAGUAAUCCCAUCACCGCGGCAGAUCGCAAGUUCUCUGCCCCUGUUGUGUCAAUGUCUGCAAUGAUGUCUAGCGCGAACGACCCAGAUGAACCUGACGCGGCGAAUCAGAGCUGGCUGGCUACCCAGUUGCGUCAAGCCAAGGCAAUGCGUCUCAAAAAGCAACAGGAAAAACAGCAGGAGGGUGCUAGUGGGAAUGGGGGGAUUCAUACGGUGAGUAGUGCUGGCACUCUGAGCAGGGCUCAAGGCGCGGAUAUGAUGUCGGAUUUGCAGAGAGUCCUAGCUGCUAGAAGACGUGCUCGAGAGGGCGAUUCUGACUUCACGGACAGCACCCCAGCCACAAACACGCCACCGAUAACUGCAUCUACUGCAAGCUCAGAAUCUAACGCACCAAAUGGAAAUGCUCCCACAGAGAGUGGUCAUCUUCGACGGCCUUCUCAAUCCUUCAAUAACAAUGGCAGUAGCAACGGCGUCCCCACUUUUGCGGUUCCGAACGCACCCGCUCCCCCAUCAAACUAUGCCACUAUACGGAAGAAUUCAGCAUCUUCGGCCAACAACAGUGUCGAUUCCAAUCAACCCAUCACCCGAAGUGAUUUAGAUGCCUUAAAACGCGAGAUUCUUCUGGAAUUCCGAAAGGAAAUUAAGACUCUCAAAACUGAGAUUCUUGCUGGGUUUGAACUUGUCGAGCUUUCCGUCUUUGUUGGUCUUCAGCGAAUUCUUGUUGUCUGCCUCUGCUCGGAAGACGAUUUAUCUUUCGCGUCUCCUUUUUGGCUGCGCCCGCUGCGACAUUGCCGAGCUAAGAAAUCUACCCAGCCUCGUUCUCGUCCUUCCCGCCAAAAGCUUGACGUCACACGUGUGGGACUGGAUUGGCUGGGUUGA